AUGGAACCCAACCACCAACCAUCAUCGGAGAAAGAGAAUCCCAACCAAAACCCGUCACCGGAAACCCCAUUUCCGCCGUCAAUAGCUUCUCUCUCCCUUUCUCUCUCAUCAAUCCUCCCUUUAUUCCAACCCAAACUCCAAUCUUUAUUAUCACCACCACAACCCAAUAAGGUUAAAGUCCCAACCCAAGGUUCAUCACUCACUCAUCUUUCACUGUCCACAAAAACCCAAUCUUCUCCUUCAAACAAAACUUCCUACAAAUCCACUUUCUCUGCUAACCCUCUUAAAUCACCGCUUUCUCUAGUUCCUAACCGUCCCAACGACCCUUCUUCUGCGGCCGCACUUCGUCGUGUUUCCAUUGUUUGGUUCCGCAAUGACCUCCGUGUUCAUGAUAACGAGUCUCUCAACACAGCCAAUAACGAGUCACUCUCUGUUUUGCCGGUUUACUGUUUCGACCCUGUGGAUUACGGUAAAUCAUCUUCUGGGUUUGACAAAACGGGUCCUUUUCGUGCUACUUUUUUGAUAGAAUCGGUUUCGGAUCUUCGGAAGAGUCUUAAGGCAAGAGGGUCGGAUCUAGUGGUGAGAGUUGGGAAGCCGGAAACCGUUUUGGUUGAAUUGGCUAAGGAGGUUGGGGCGGAUGCGGUUUAUGCUCACAGAGAGGUUUCUCAUGAGGAGGUGAAGAUGGAGGAGAAGAUUGAGGGUGUGAUGGAGAAGGAGAGUGUGGAAGUUAAGUACUUUUGGGGAAGUACUUUGUAUCAUGUUGAUGAUUUGCCUUUCAAUUUGGAGGAUAUGCCUUCGAAUUACGGAGGUUUUAGGGAUAGAGUUCAGAAAUUGGAGGUGAGGAAAAGUAUUGAAGCUUUGGAUCAACUUAAGGGUCUUCCUUCUCGCGGAGAUGUUCAGAUUGGUGAUAUUCCUACUUUGAUGGACCUUGGUCUUAAUCCAUCUGCCACAAUGUCACAGGAUGGGAAGGCAGGGCCUAAUACUUCUAUGGCAGGAGGGGAGACUGAAGCGCUACAGAGGCUUAAAAGAUUUGCAGCUGAGUGCGUAGCUCAACCAAACAAGGGGUUUAAGGAUGGGACACAAAGUAUAUAUGGUGCCAACUUUUCGUGCAAAAUUUCUCCUUGGUUGGCAAUGGGAUGCCUCUCUCCUCGCGAAAUGUUUGAUGAGCUGAAGAAAACUGCUAGCAGUGUUGUUUCCGCUUCAUCAAGCCGAAAUGGUGGUGGCAAUGGCUCGUCCAAAACUGGAACUAAUUGGUUGAUGUAUGAGUUGCUUUGGAGGGACUUCUUUAGGUUUAUUACCAAAAAGUACAGUUCUACAAAGAAACAACUCGAGGGUGCUCCUGCCGCUACUGCUUGUACGGGUGCACUUGCUUAA